GUGAGUUUAGGGGGACUUUCGUGUCCCAUUAAAAAAAGAGCAGAUUUGAGAACACCACAAAAUCGGUGUCUUCUGUUUCGCAUCAGAAUAACCGGGCAAAAGCAAAGCCGCCUAUAAAUUCUUUGCCCGACUCAAAGUAAAGAACUUUGUUUUAAGCCAGGGGUUUGCAGGUACCGAAAGAUCGGAGGGUUUAGUCGAAGCUCAAUUUGGCCAAGCAUUUCUGUGAAAUUUCAUUCGCAGGUGCUGGAAUGGAUCUCUGCUCGAGAUUUGCAAGAGUUUGAGCGUUUUCCGGUUUAAAACGGUUCAUAGGCGGUAAAUUUCUUUGUCGUGGGUGCUAAUUAGCCAUGGGAAAAGGUGGCCAAGAUUAUGGCACGAGGAGUCCUGUAGUCAUGAAGUCAGAUCGAACUGUGUUUCCGGCCUGGGCCAGGGAUGAACACGAAUGCGCGAAGGAAUUUGGAGUAGACAUUAGCCAGGGGCUGAGCAGUGAAGCUGUAGAGAGACAGAGGGCAAAAUUUGGGUGGAAUGAGCUGGAAAAGCAUGCCGGGCCAUCGAUUUGGAAGCUAGUUGUAGAUCAAUUUAAUGAUACUUUGGUAAGAAUAUUACUCGUAGCUGCUGUCGUUUCUUUUGUUCUUGCUUGGAUUGAUGGUGAAGAAGGCGGCGAAAAGGAUAUAACUGCUUUUGUUGAGCCACUGGUUAUUUUCUUGAUUUUGAUUGUCAAUGCCAUUGUUGGAGUUUGGCAAGAAAGUAAUGCUGAAAAAGCCCUGGAGGCUUUGAAGGAAAUGCAGUCAGAACAUGCCAUGGUAAAAAGGGAUGGCCAUUUUAUUCCUAGUUUGCCUGCAAGAGAGCUAGUUCCUGGUGAUAUUGUUGAGCUUCGGGUUGGUGACAAGGUUCCUGCCGAUAUGCGGGUUUUGCAUCUGAUAAGUUCAACUUUAAGAGUAGAGCAAAGUUCACUGACCGGAGAAAGCAUGUCUGUUAAUAAAAGCCAUCAUAAAGUGAAUAGUGACGAUAUAGAGUUGCAGGGAAAAGAAUGCAUGGUUUUUGCAGGGACAACCAUAGUUAAUGGUAGCUGCAUCUGUCUUGUAACAGAGACUGGCAUGAAUACUGAGAUAGGAAAAAUUCAUUCUCAGAUCCACGAGGCAUCUCAACAUGAUGAAGAUACACCAUUGAAGAAAAAGUUGAAUGAGUUUGGGGAGGCACUCACUUCCAUUAUUGGAGUUGUUUGUGCACUGGUUUGGCUAAUAAAUCUUAAGUAUUUCCUUUCAUGGGAGAUAGUGAAUGGUUGGCCACGGAAUUUCAAGUUUUCGUUUGAAAAGUGUACAUAUUACUUUGAGAUUGCAGUGGCUUUGGCUGUUGCUGCCAUACCAGAAGGCUUGCCUGCUGUUAUUACUACUUGUUUGGCACUUGGUACUAGAAAAAUGGCACAGAAAAAUGCAAUUGUGAGGAAGUUGCCUAGUGUUGAGACUUUAGGCUGCACUACUGUGAUUUGUUCUGAUAAGACAGGAACACUUACAACUAACCAAAUGUCUGUUGCAAAACUGGUGGCCGUAGGGUCAGACCCAUGCUCUCUCCGAGAUUAUACGGUUGAGGGUACAACUUAUGAUCCUUGUGAUGGAAGAAUCCAGGGCUGGUCUGAGGGUGAGUCUAUGGAUCCCAAUCUUCAAUCAAUAGCAAGAAUCGCUGCUCUAUGUAAUGAUGCAGGUAUUGCAUACACUGGACAUCAAUUUUGUGCCAAUGGCAUGCCAACUGAAGCAGCUUUGAAGGUGUUGGUUGAAAAGAUGAAUUUACCAGGUUCAGAGAGGCAUCUACAUGCUGCAAGUACUGGAAGCCAUCCAGAUUCUGCAGAAAUCAGAUUAUACUGCUGUGAGUGGUGGAGUGAAAGAACACACAGAAUAGCUACCCUAGAGUUUGAUCGGAUGCGAAAAUCAAUGGGGAUUAUUGUUAAGUCGGAUACAGGAGAAAACUUAUUGCUGGUUAAGGGUGCAGUUGAGAGUUUGCUAGAUAGAAGUUCUCGUAUACAGCUCUCAGAUGGAACUGUUGCCCCAUUAGAUGCAGAAUCUCGUCAGUCUCUUCUAAACAAGCUUGAUGUGAUGACUUCAAGUGCUCUACGAUGUUUAGGUUUUGCAUACAAAGAAAAUCUUGGUGAUUUUACCACAUAUGAUGGAGAGGAUCAUCCGGCCCAUAAAUAUUUGCUUGAUCCUGCUAAUUAUGCUUCAAUUGAAAAUGAUAUGAUUUUUGUUGGAUUAGUAGGACUGAGGGAUCCCCCACGCCAAGAGGUCCAUGAAGCUAUUCAAGAGUGCAGAGAUGCUGGUAUUCGUGUGCUGGUGAUUACAGGAGACAAUAAGAAUACAGCUGAAGCUAUUUGUUGUGAGAUUGGUGUUUUUGAGCAAGAUGAGGAUGUUAAUAGUAGAAGUUUCACAGGAAAGGAGUUUAUGGCAUUACCUGAGACCAGAAGGAGAGAAAUUUUGAGAGGACCUGGAGGGUGUGUCUUCUCAAGAUCCGAGCCCAGGCAUAAGCAGGAUAUAGUUCGUAUGUUGAGGGAUGCUGGAGAAGUAGUUGCAAUGACUGGUGAUGGUGUGAAUGAUGCACCUGCUUUGAAGUUAGCUGACAUAGGUAUUGCCAUGGGAAUUGCUGGAACAGAGGUUGCGAAGGAGGCUUCUGAUAUGGUGUUAGCAGAUGACAACUUCAGUACUAUUGUUGCAGCUGUUGCUGAGGGUCGCUCGAUUUUCAACAACAUGAAGGCAUUUAUUCGGUACAUGAUAUCCUCAAAUAUUGGCGAAGUUGCUUCAAUAUUUUUAACUGCAGCAUUAGGUAUGCCGGAGGGCUUGAUACCUGUACAGCUUUUGUGGGUAAACUUGGUGACUGAUGGACCACCUGCAACGGCUCUGGGUUUCAAUCCGCCAGAUAUGGACAUAAUGAAGAAACCCCCUCGUAGAAGUGACGAUUCUCUGAUUAAUGCUUGGGUGUUGUUCCGCUACUUGGUUAUUGGUCUUUAUGUUGGUGUAGCUACAGUUGGUAUUUUUGCUAUAUGGUAUACACAUGGAACAUUUUUGGGCAUAGAUUUACUGGAGGAUGGUCAUACUCUCGUGACCUUUUCUCAGCUCAGGAAUUGGGACAAGUGCUCUUCUUGGGAAGGUUUCACUGUGUCUCCCUUCAAGGCAGGAUCAGAAGUUUUUACCUUUGACAGCAAUCCAUGUGAUUACUUCUCAACUGGCAAAGUUAAAGCAAUGACACUUUCCUUGACUGUGCUGGUUGCAAUUGAGAUGUUCAAUUCAUUAAAUGCAUUGUCAGAAGAUGGAAGCCUUCUUGUAAUGCCACCGUGGGUUAACCCCUGGCUAUUGCUAGCCAUGUCAGUGUCAUUUGGUGUCCACUUUUUGAUUCUUUAUGUGCCUUUCCUUGCACAAAUUUUUGGUAUUGUGCCUUUGAGCUUGAAUGAAUGGUUUCUUGUAUUGGCGGUAUCAUUACCAGUGAUACUCAUUGACGAGAUAUUGAAGUUAAUCGGAAGAUGCACUUCCAAAAGAGGGAGACAUGGAUCUUUGACUAAGAAGAAAGAUAAUUAGAGAUGCAUCUAGAGACAUGAGAAGUCGCAAUGGAAUAUUUGUGGAUAUGUAGAGAUGCAGCUAAAGAACCUUUGACAGCCUAUAUGAAAAUUGUUUUGUUUGCCGGAAAAUUCUUAAAGUUAUGGAUGUAAUCACAGACAAUUUGCAAUACUAUAUGAGCAUCCUGUAUGGGUCCAAUUGAGGCCAAGGAAGAUGCACAGGAUGCAAUUGAAAAUUUGUAGAAUGGACUAUCCUUGUACCGUGGAAGGACAAAACUUUGCCUAUCAAAUCUCAUUGCACUACAAUGCUUCCUAAA